UGUUCGGCGGGGUGGAUCCAGCUGUCUAGUUGGGUCUCUAGAGCUGGGAACCUCGGAAAAUAUACAUUGUUGCAAUAGUAACAGGAAGCGAGGCAGGGGUACGGGAGUUUUCUUUGGACCGAGUUUUGAGUCGUGUGGUGGCCCGGAAUGGACAAGCUAAAGAAGGUGCUGAGCGGCCAGGACACGGAGGAUCGGGGAGGACUGGCCGAGGUUAUUGAAACACCAUCGUUAAGCUGGGGCACAAGAAUCAAAGGCUUUGCUGCUUGUUUUGCCAUAGGGAUUAUCUUCUCACUGAUGGGGACUUUUCUGCUGUGGGUACCUAAGAGAGGACUAGUUCUUUUUGCAGCAUUUUAUACCUUGGGGAACAUUGCAUCACUUGGGAGUACUAUCUUUCUCAUGGGACCAAUGAAGCAAUUGAAGCGCAUGUUUGAGCCUACACGACUAAUUGCAACCAUUGUGAUGUUGAUGCUGUUUCCUCUACUUUUGGUGCCUACUUCUCAUCUAUCUGGCUAUUCCUUCAUUCCAGGCUCAGCGCAAGUACCACUUCUACUCCGAAGCCUCCCCUCACUAUUCCAACCUACCUAGAAUCCAAGGAUUUAUACAGAGAAGAGACUGUCGACCAUCUAGCCCAAUCACUUUACGUUAUUCCCUCCUUUGAACUCCUGUGAUGCUUCUUGUCGGUACCAUGUAACUCUAGGCCUUGGUUUCCUCAUCUGUAACAUAAAGGGGUUGGGCUAGAUGGCCUCUGAAGUCCUUCUCAGAUUUAAAUCUGUGAUACUAAGAGCUUGGGCUUUAUUGAACUUUCUUAUUCUCACGUUAUGUAUAAUGAAGGAUAUGACUGCAUCUAUAUUUGCUGUAUCAUUUAGCAUACUAUAAGGCAUGUGCUAUGGAGCAAUACACCUGUCAUUUGCUUAAGAUCCCAGGAGGGAGGGGAUGUGGAUGGCUGAAUUCAUAAGUAUCAGGUCUUCUCGGUCAUUCUUUGUCUGACCCAGACAAGUCUCCUUUGAAGAUGGCUUUCAGAGGCCUGUGGAAACCAUUUGGUGGCAAACUGAGACCCCUCUACCUCUUUAAGGUGUGACAAGUCUGAUGUCAACAUGUAUUCUCUCAAGACUUGAUUGCUU